AUGGUUGCAAACCCCAUAUGGGAUCCUGAAGCACCGCUACAGUCAUCUGAUGAUGAGUAUGUAUCCUUUUCUGAUGAUGAUAAUGAUGUGGACAGGCGACAAGCCCGUCCUAUCAUUACACAGCAGCGGAAAAGGAGACUACAAGAUAGAGCGCGUGGUUUGAGAAAUGGUGUACAUGAAGAGAUGAAUGAAGUGGUAAAAAGUUACACACAAACAGAGCUCAUGGAGCUGGCAAAGGUGUAUAAGCAUGAAGUUGGUGAAAAUGUGGGAGAAUGGUUAUUGCGCAUGUGGGAUGGAGGAGCUGACAGUGUGCAGUUGAAUGCAAGGGAAGCAUUAUGUAUGGGGCAGCUGACGCUGCAUCCACAGCUCAUGCAGGUAUUACGGAGGGUGAGGGAGAUUGGAGGUAAUUUUUCAUUAUUUGAUAUGGUGCGGCAUGCCAUAAUUGUGGCCUUCCCAUCUAGCAAUGACAUUGAGCCCAUUUCACCCUGGUCAAAACCGAGGGAUGCUAUUACCCGCAUUAGAGUUAUGGGUUGUGUGGUGGGAUUAAACAAGGAUAACUGGGAAGGUCCAGACAUGGAGGAAUUCACAGCCAGCAUGCGGUCUCGGUUUUUAAAAAGUGCACCCCAGGAAAUGAAGGCAUCUUUAUUGUCUUUGCUGGGCAGUUUGGGGAAUAAUGUAAAGGUACAUCAGCUCACCACUUAUUUAGCUGAAAUUGGAGAAUUAGAGUCAGAAUCUAACCCUAGGAAAGGUGUGUUUGCCGCUAACAGGACGAGGGAGGAGAUGGUGGAACCAAUAG